AUGGAGAACCGACCCCCCACCUCCAGCCCUUCAGUCGGCCCGGUCGAUCCCAUCCCCAUCCCGCUGGACACGCCGAUACACUUCCGGAUUCCCAUGGGGCGCGGCCCGGACGUCCUGCUGUCCGUCGAUAGGUCUGGGAAGACCUUGCGGAGCUGUGCGGACGGUCCUUGCGACCGCUGGGCAGCCAUGCCCGACGUCGCCACCUCCUUCGGCAAGGGCCCGCUCGUCCUCGUCGAGGUGGAUGUUGAUGGGAGUUACUUCACCAGAACCCACCUCCCCUGCUGCGUCUUCCGGUCGUGCCCUAGCCUGCAGGGGAUCAUCAACAGAGUCUGCUCCACCCUGGGCCGCCCCUUGCCCUUCUGCUAUCACCCACCGUAUCCGUGCGGGGACGACUUUGUGGCGUCAUUGGUGAACCCUCCUCGCCUUGGCGUCAUCGCCAAUUGCCUCUCCUCGCCAUGCAUGUUCACCUUGCACCUGCAUAAUUGGGGAAUCGCAUUUUACAUCAGGCUUGAUCUUGCCGGACUGUACCACACAUAUCCUCAUGUGGCUGGUGGCCCAUUUCAGACCUUAGAGGCAGCUUACUCUGCAAUCCAUGGCGACCUUCAAGACCGACGGGAUCCCAGAAUGUUGAUGCGUCAGCCUAAUGAUUCUCAAGUGGAUUAUGUCGUACGCCAAUGUCUUCACUGGCCUGAUGGCACAAGGAAGAAGCGAUUGAAAUCGGAACCAAUUGAGGAAAUACGUGAUCACAAGCGCCAGUUGGUUCAAGCUUUGGUGGACAAGUAUAACGAUUAUUUAGGGGAUACUACAUAUGUACUCAAAGAUGUUGUGCAGUAUACAUCAGUUCGUUUGCCCGAUUGCCAAAAAAUUACCAAUCAUAUCAAUUUCACUGCAAGGGCUAAAGGAACUAAAGAUUCUGACUGUUCCAUGGAUGAUCUAUUCUUUGCUGAAGUCACGUCUAUGAUGGGAGAUGACAAAUUAGUGGUCAGCUGUUUCUGCAGGGUUGAAACUACUGACAACGGUCGCUGCCAUGGUUGUACUGCAAAGCACCCCAAUGUUGCUGUAUACUUGCGUGGUGAAGCAGGCGCAUCUCCAUUUGGUGGACCUUUCAUAGACCGUCAAGUUGUUGAGGAAGAUUUAGAAGCCGAGGAGAGAAGGGUAAGACGUUACUACGAGAACCAGGGCCUUGAUAAGCCAGGAUAUUUUGAUGAACUGAGAGCAAUCAUGUCAGGAGGUGCGGUUAUGAAGGAAAACUAA